AUAGUUCCGGUAUCCGCGUGUCAGCCUUCUUUGGUGGGGUUCCCCAACUGACAGCCGGUUGCUAAGUGAGUCGGCGUUGUAACCUUUUAAUCUUGCAAUCGUGUAUCAUUAGAGGUCAACGGUGUAAAUCUAAGUUACAAACUAUUUAUGGUGGGUUGAAUCUCUACCAUUCAUCGUUGGUGAACGUCAUCUGAAGGGGAGUCCUCCCUGAAUGAGUGACUCGCAGUGUGUGGCUAGCUAGUGAGGAGGAGGGUGGGGACAUAAAACUUCCAAAACCUCGCCCAGCCGUUGCUUCAUUCCAGCAGGCAGCUACUCUCUUAGCGGUGUGAGAGACCCACACCACUAAACCAGAUCAUUAUUGAAAGGGAUACUGGCACACCCGUGUCAAAAAACAAACUAACCCAGUUACCAUGUUCAGAAAAACCAUGAAGAAGGACCCCGAGCUGUUUCAGAACGUAUCGGAAGGGCUACGGCGGCUCUAUCGGACCAAGCUGUUCCCUUUGGAGGACACGUAUCGAUUCCACGACUUCCACUCCCCUGCCCUCGAAGAUGCCGACUUCGACAACAAGCCCAUGGUCCUCCUGGUGGGUCAGUACUCCACCGGGAAGACCACCUUUAUCCGGCACCUCAUGGAGCAGGACUUCCCCGGUAUGCGGAUUGGCCCAGAGCCGACCACGGACUCUUUCAUCGCGGUGAUGCAUGGCGAACAGGAUGGGGUGAUACCCGGUAAUGCCCUGGUUGUCGACCCCAAGAAGCCCUUCCGCAAACUCAACGCCUUUGGUAACGCGUUCCUCAACAGGUUCAUGUGUGCCCAGAUGCCUAACCCCGUCCUGGAGAGCAUCAGCAUCAUUGAUACUCCUGGAAUCCUGUCCGGAGAGAAGCAGAGGAUAAGCAGAGGUUACGACUUUGCUGCAGUGCUGGAGUGGUUUGCAGAGCGAGUGGACCGCAUCAUCCUCCUGUUCGACGCUCACAAGUUGGACAUUUCAGAUGAAUUUUCAGAGGUGAUCCGAGCCCUCAAGAACCAUGAGGACAAAAUGCGGGUGGUGCUGAACAAAGCAGAUCAAAUCAGCACUCAGCAGCUCAUGAGGGUCUACGGAGCUCUGAUGUGGUCUUUGGGAAAGAUCAUUAACACACCUGAGGUGGUGCGUGUGUACAUCGGGUCAUUCUGGGCCCAACCUCUGUUGGUCCCUGACAACAGGAAGUUGUUUGAGGCAGAGGAGCAGGACCUGUUCCUGGACAUCCAGUCGUUGCCACGCAACGCAGCACUACGCAAACUGAAUGACCUCAUUAAACGAGCUCGCCUCGCCAAGGUGCAGGCCUACAUUAUCAGCUCUCUGAAAAAAGACAUGCCCAGUGUGUUUGGAAAAGAUUCCAAAAAGAAGGAGCUGAUAGCCAACCUGGGAGAGACCUACCAUAGGAUCGAGAAGGAGCAUCAGAUCUCACCUGGAGACUUCCCCAACCUCGCCAAGAUGCAGGAGCUGCUGAAUGGCCAGGACUUCUCUAAGUUUGCUGCGCUGAAGCCCAAGCUGUUGGAGGCAGUUGAGGACAUGCUUGCUAACGACAUUGCCCGUCUCAUGGCCUUGGUUCGCCAGGAGGAGGCUGCCAUGCCCAGCCAGACCGUAAAAGGUGGAGCCUUUGAGGGUACUAUGACCGGUCCAUUUGGUCACGGCUAUGGAGAGGGAGCCAGCGAGGGCAUCGAUGAGUUGGAGUGGGUGGUGGGCCGUGACAAGCCAUCAUACGAUGAGAUCUUCUACACCCUCUCACCCAUCAACGGCAAAGUAUCUGGAGCUGCGGCCAAGAAAGAGAUGCUGAAGUCCAAGCUGCCCAACACAGUCCUGGGAAAGAUCUGGAAGCUAGCAGACGUGGAUAAAGAUGGCCUACUCGACGAUGAGGAGUUUGCUUUAGCCAAUCAUCUGAUCAAGGUAAAGCUGGAAGGCCACGAGCUGCCAGCUGCCCUGCCCGAACAUCUGGUGCCCCCGUCCAAACGCACAGCAGCCCUCGAGGCCUAAAGGAGGAGGAAGGUGUGGGACCAGCCACGUCAACGCAUUGCACCAUGUUAAGGACUCUCCAGACAAAGUCCAAUCACAAGCAUGUACAGCAUCAUCCUCCAUCAACCUGUGAGUCCACAGGCAUCCUGACACGGCAAGGAGUUAAUGCUGUGAUCUUUUCACCAGAAAGAGACUGGAGGGUUUCAGAGGGAGGUGAGGGAUGGGUGAUAUUGAGAUAUCUAUUGAAAAUAAUUGGAGGGAAGGGACGAGGGGGUUGAUUUGAAAACCGAUGAAUGGACAUUACUGGAUCAUGAACUGAUGGGCAGUUGGAGAUUGCAUGAUGGGGCUGAACAUGGAUUUUUGAAACCUGUGUUAAAGAUGUCUUCUAAGUACACAACCCAUAUUAUUAUUAUUAUUAUUAUUAUUGUUUGUUGAUCCAAAGAAAUAUAGUUUUUUCCAUUUGGAGAGAAAAAGAGGAAAUAAAUCAAAACAGCUGUUAGAAUUGUUUUAUCUCUAUUUUUGUAUUUCCUGACUGUUAACUUUGACUCUUUCCAAAUGCUUCCCUUUUUAUUAUUUUGCCAGAUAAAUAAAAAGGAAUACUGUACCAUCUGA